AUUUUGUUUAGCUUGUUUAUUUUUGUAUUAUUCCGCUGCGCAAGCUAACAACGUAGGAAGCGAACGAUUUGGGUGAGCCGCUAUUCACCCCCCUCUAGCGGACGUCAAGGUCCCAAUAGUAAACACAGUGCACAUAAUUGUAUUCAUACUUUGGCUUGUGCAGUGGGCGAGAAACUGUUCAAAACUUCAGCAGGAUCCAUCUUGUUAGGUUGCAGUUUUCAUUUUGAUCCAAAAGCCAGUUACAUAUGAGAUCAUUUUCUUGAUUUAAUCGUAUACCAUAUUACUUUGUACUCUAUGUUGAUUUUUUUUGUAAAUUUAUUUAUGGUGUAAACAUCUGUUUGCGUGGUUGUAAUUAAUGUCUGAAGAACAGAGGCACAAUUUAUUAGAACUCCCUAAAACUAGUUUAUUUAUCUGCACCAUGCCGUUCAUGCCUGGAUAACAGAAUGGGUUAAGACAUUGAAACUACACAACUAUUUUAUAUUAAAGAUAGAUGUUAGAAACCCAUUUUAUAUUCUGGGCCAGCCCAACCCACAUGCACGUUUUGCAGCUUUAGGGCUUGAUGUAUUUGUCCUCCAAUUCAACCUUUGUUUCCCUUCGAAUGAGCAAUGUCUAUGCUAGUGCUUCCUUCAAUUCUUCUCUCCCAAGGAUUUACGAGCUACACUCCUCGAUGAUCGUCUUGCCUUCCCCAUCUGCCACGGUAGGUUUUCCUGCAUUGCAAGCGCUUUUUACAGUGUAAAUUUGUAUGUUUGUGUGAAAUUUUAGUCGAGCAGUGCCUUGUUAGCGAGGAAUUUUUGGGAUUGAAGCAAGGAAUAACGCUUAGGAAGGGAGUGCCAAGAUAAGCAAUUGGAGGAUGCAGAGAAAGUACAAUGGUUCUGCUAGGAAGCCUAGUCUCUCUGGGUUCUGCUCCAACAUAAAAUUGUAUGCAAUGCUGGUCGAUAAUCAAAACAAGAAGACUCUUCUACGGUAGCAAAUUGCAGAAAUCGAUUCAGGAAGAUCCUCCAUGUACCAACAUUAAAGCUGCUCAAAAGAUUGGAGAAGAAUUGAUCCAAGCGUGCAAAGAUUUGAACAUAUCUGAAAUAUCUUCUUAUGCUCGUAAUGGUUGUACGAGGAGUGAAUUUCAACUCGAAUUUUGCAACAUGUAUGGUUAGGUGAAGAAUGUUAAUCUGCGGGUCGCAUGCAUAUAACUUGGAGGGACAGCUAAUUCAAACAAAAAGAUUACAUUUUCUGCCUCAGUUCCAUCAGAGAUCAAGCUCCAGGAAGAGGAAUUAAGAAGAAGAUGGGAAGGCCACCUUGCUGUGACAAAGAUGGUGUGAAGAAGGGACCUUGGACACCAGAAGAGGACAUCCUCUUGGUCUCUUACAUUCAACAGCAUGGUCCAGGCAAUUGGAGGGCUGUUCCUACCAACACUGGUCUGUUGAGAUGCAGCAAGAGCUGCAGGCUUCGGUGGACUAAUUAUCUGAGGCCGGGGAUCAAGCGUGGCAACUUCACUGAUCAAGAGGAGAGGCUCAUCAUCCACUUACAGGCCCUUCUAGGCAACAGGUGGGCAACCAUAGCUUCUUAUCUACCGGAAAGAACAGACAACGAUGUCAAAAACUACUGGAACACGCACUUGAAAAAGAGACUCGAAAAUAAGCUUGCAGGAGGGCAUGAUUCGGUGCUCGCUCACCACCCCACGCCUAAGUCCAAGGGUCAGUGGGAGAUGUGUGUCCAGGCUGACCCCCAAUUGGCGAAGCGAGCACUCUCAGAGGCCUUGUCGGAGAAGAACUCCUCUAGUGAUGCCGCGAACAAUUAUGCAGCAAGCGCCAAGAACAUAGCGCGGCUUCUGGAGGGGUGGAUGAAGAGUAACAAUAGCAGCAGCAACAACGCUAUGCUAAACUCUGGAUUGCCAAAUUCUGCAUUGCUGAGCCAGAUAAGUGCAAGCAGUACCUCCAACUACUUGGCGUCACUGGAGUCACUCGGCUCGUUUGGAUUGGAGGAUCAAGCGACUUCUGUGCAGGAGGGAUCGCCGGGGACAGCCCACACGCCGCCAUUAGAGCUGCUGAAGUCGUGGCUGCUUGAUGCAAAUGUUGGCGACGAAGAGCACCAAGAAAGUUUCCUCAGCAUUGUGAUGGAUCAAACUAACUAAAUCUAAAUGAUCGGAAUACUAGUUUUAAUCUGUAUCGAAGCAAAAUCUGAAGUUGAGAUUUUGACGACUUGUCAAAAGAGAAAUUUUUAUAGCUUUGAUUUGGAUCUUAAUUUGUUUCAUGCGUCAACACGAAUAUUCUUGAAAACAUUUGUAAGGAUCAUAUUGAGAAGUUGAUUUAAUAAA